UCCUUCCUCUCGCCGCGGACGCAGACGAGACCAACCUCGGUCGUCAAAUGACAUUUGCAACGGCGGCGCCGCCACCAAAGGGGACGGGACCGACUCAUAACACAUUCAUAUGAGAAGGGAGAUGCUGACAGGACAGAGGCUCUGCCAGUCAAAGUCCCACCAGGACUUGGUCCUCUCCGCCCUCAACCAGCAGAGGAAGGACGGCCUGCUGUGUGACGUCACCCUGGUGGCCGGUGAGCAGAAGUUCCACGCCCACAAAGCUGUCCUGGCAGCAUGCAGCGAUUACUUCCGGGCCAUGUUCAGCUUGUGCAUGGUGGAAAGUGAGGCAGACGAAGUGACUCUGCAAGGAGUGACCAGCGUUGGACUGAAGCACGCUUUAGACUUCGCCUACACUGGACAGAUUCUGCUGGAGCCGGCGGUGAUCCAGGACGUCCUGUCUGCAGGCAGCCACCUUCAGCUGCUGGAGCUCCUCAGCCUCUGCUCCCACUACCUCGUCCAGGAACUGAGCAGUGUGAACUACCUGGAGCUGUACCGUGUAGCUGACCUGUUCCACCUCCCUGCCUUAGAGGAGGCCGUGGUUGGCUUCCUGGUGGAGCAUCUGUCUGAGCUGAGCCAGAGCCGGCAGGACGAGGCCCUGCAGCUGCCCUACCGCCUCCUCAGGGAGGUGCUGAAGAGCGACCGCCUCACCUCCCUGAGCGAGGAGGAGAUAUGGAAGUUGGUGGUUCUUUGGUUGGAACAUGACUGUCGCUACCAGUACACGGAGGAUCUUCUACAACAUGUCCGCUAUGGCCUGAUGGACAUCCCCACCCUGCACCACCUUGCCCAUAGCCACCCCCUGGUCCAGUCCAGCCCUACUGCUGCCGCCCUGGUGGACGAGGCCCUAGACUAUCAUCACACCACCUUUGCCCAGCCUCUCCGCCAGUCAGCCCGUACCAGGCCUCGCUUCCAGUCGCUCACCCUCUACAUAGCUGGCGGGCGGAAGCGGGAGGUGAGCAGAGUCAGGGAGCUGCGGUACUUCAACCCGUCUGCGCAGGAACACGUACGCGUUGCAGGUGUGUCGAACUGGAGCGAGCUGGCGCCCAUGCCCACUGGGCGCAGCCACCACUGUGUGGCUGUAAUGGGGAACUUCCUGUUUGUUGUGGGUGGUGAGGUGGAGCAUGCCACCGGGAGGACGUGUGCAGUAAGGACUGCCUGUAGGUACGACCCCAGGGGCAACCGGUGGGCCGAUAUAGCCUCCAUGAAGGCCUGCAGAGAACACUUUGUCCUGGGAGUUCUGGGUCAGUACCUGUACGCAGUCGGGGGCAGGAACGAGCUGAGGCAGGUGCUGCCCUCUGUGGAGCGCUACUGUCCCAAGAGGAACAAAUGGAUGUUUGUCCAACCCUUUGACCGCUCACUGUCCUGCCACGCCGGCUGUGUGGCUGACAACCUGCUCUGGGUCUCAGGUGGGGUGACAAACACAGCUCAGUACCAGAAUCGACUAAUGGUGUACGAUCCAGAGCAGGACCAGUGGUUGGCCCGCAGUCCCAUGUUGCAGAGGCGAGUUUACCACGUCAUGGCAGCAGUGAGGAGGCAGCUCUACGUGCUAGGUGGUAACGACCUGGACUACAACAACGACCGCAUCCUCGUCCGCCACAUCGACUCUUACAACAUGGACCUGGACCAGUGGACUCGCUGCUCCUUCAGCCUCCUCACGGGUCAAAAUGAGUCCGGAAUAGCCGUCCAUGAUGACAGGAUCUAUGUGGUUGGAGGGUACUCCAUUUGGACCAACGAGCCUCUGGCAUGCAUUCAGGUGCUGGAUCUGAGCACAGAGGGAAAGGAGGAGGUUUUCUACGGGCCAACAUUGCCAUUCGCCUCCAAUGGUAUAGCAGCUUGUUUCCUCCCCGCUCCUUACUUCACCUGCCCAAACCUACAGACUCUACAAGUACCCCAUCACAGAAUAGGUGCUGUUUAAACCACUGAAGAACAAAAUGUCAGAAAACAUGAACACGUAAUCAGGAGAUGGAGGAGCCUCAGCUCAACUCCGGAAAGUCAGUAUUUGCUAAUGUGACUGACAAAAAUGUACCUAGAUAUAGUAAUCAUCUAGAACCUGCCAACUCCGUCACGAGUGCACAGGGAUUCCUUUGAGACCCAAAUGCAAUAAUAUGACUUUCCUGAUCUACAAGAGCCAUGUUAUUCUGCAAGCCUCUAGGAGACUCAAGACACAAGCAGCUGUCACAAUAAUACGGCAUAACUGUUGUAUUUCCCCAAAGACAGAUGCCAUUCAUGAUGUCCAGUGAAGAGGUGAUGAGCAAGUUGAGAAAAAAUAACUCCGGACGGAUUGUAAUUCCUUAAUAAAACAGGAACAAAAUGGCAAUCUUAUUACCAAUUAAGUGACUUCUUGUGAAUUACUGAUUUACUUAAUUGUCCACGACAGCUGUAGGAGCUUUUCUAGCUAGAAUAACUACAUAACAUUUCUAUCAAACCACUAUAAUCACCUUGAUGGCUCGAAAAAGAUGUGCAGUAUUAUAUUUUUCAAGAUAUAGAGGAGAAAGCCUGCCUGAGGCAGAAGCUCAUCAGUGCAUACUGUAAAUGACCAUGUAUUUCUUUACUUCCAAUGAAGGUAAAAAUUGAUUGAUUUUUUUCCUGCCACAGCAGUGACAUACUACUGUAUGUGUGUAUCAUACUGACCUUUGUAAGUGAGCGUGAGAUUUUUAUUAUGCUCAGGACCUAAGACUGUCUAUGUUCAAAUGAAUGUCAUUGUCAUUAUUCGGAUAAUAUCUGCUGAAUAUUCUCCAAAGUGUGUAUAUGAUAAUAACACUGCAUUAUGCUGAUUUCCAAAAAAAUGUGUUAAUGAAGAGAGAAAAUAAAUCAGUGCACUGCCCUCAUCUGUCCAAAACGAUAUGUCUCAAAGAAUACAUGGAAAGUUUUCA